AAAAAGUCAAUAAUACCCUUCCUGGUUUUUCAUGAGAUCAUGGGUGUGUGGAAUCAGGGAGAGAAGGCGAAGGAAUGUCAGAAGAUGUGCCUCCUAGUGAUCUGGGUUUGUGUGUUUUUUUCACAAUUUCUGCAACAUUUAUGGCGGGUAUUUGAAGAAGGAAGCCAUUGUUGCUGAAAUGAAGCUUCGGGUUUACUGCUAGCUUCGAAGAUAUUCAACCUGCCAUGAGAACCAGUCCGAAGAAACUUGUGUUAGCGCUUGUUUGCUCUCUUGUCAGGGUAAUAUUUGGCGCCACAGACCCUGAUGAUCUUGAGAUUCUCAACCAGUUCAGACAAGGGUUAGAGAACCCGGAGCUUUUACAAUGGCCUGAAAAUGGCGACGACCCGUGCGGUUCAAAGUGGAAACAUGUAUUUUGUUCUGGUUCAAGGGUUACCCAAAUUCAAGUUCAGAACUUGGGGUUGAAGGGUCCUUUACCCCAAAACCUUAACAAGCUCUCCAUGCUCGCAAACCUCGGUCUGCAGAGAAACAGUUUUUCCGGCCAGCUGCCGUCCUUCAGUGGUUUAUCGAAUUUGCAGUUCGCUUACUUGGAUUACAACAGCUUCGAUUCGAUUCCGGCUGAUUUCUUCGACGGGCUUACGAGUCUUCAAGUUCUGGCAUUGGACGAUAACAAUUUCAAUGCAAGUACUGGGUGGUCGUUCCCUAAAUCUUUGCAAGAUUCUGCUCAACUGACCAAUCUGUCUUGUAUGAGUUGCAAUUUGGUAGGUCCAUUGCCCGAUUUUCUCGGAAACUUGUCAUCUUUAACCAACCUCCGACUGUCGAGAAACAGCUUAUCCGGCGAAAUUCCGGCGAGUUUUACUGGCAUGGGCUUGCAGACUCUGUGGUUGAAUGACCAGAGUGGCGGCGGCUUGAGUGGUUCUAUUGAUGUGGUGACAACAAUGGAGUCACUUGAAGUUUUAUGGCUACACGGCAACAAGUUCACCGGAAAAAUCCCAGAUAGCAUUGGUAAUUUGACGCUCUUGAAGGAUCUUAAUCUCAAUGGUAAUCAACUUGUUGGGUUAAUUCCUGAUAGUUUAGCAAAUAUGCCGUUAGAUAAUCUGAAUUUGAACAAUAAUCAGUUUAUGGGUCCGAUCCCUAAGUUUAAAGCUGCUAAUAAGACUUAUUCCACGAAUAAAUUUUGUCAAUCUAAAGAGGGUAUUCCUUGUGAUCCUCAAGUAAUGGCACUUAUUGCGUUCCUUGAUGGGCUGAAUUACCCUUCAAGGCUUGUUUCUUCAUGGUCUGGUAAUGACCCAUGUGGAAGUUCAUGGCUGGGUUUAGGAUGUAACUCUAAUGGGAAUAUUGUUACUCUGAAUGUACCUAAUUAUAAUCUUAAUGGUACCUUGAGUCCUUCAGUUUCAGAAUUGGAUUCCCUCACUCAGAUUAAGCUUCAGUCUAACCAUUUAACUGGUUCGAUUCCGAAAAGUUGGGCUACCUUGAAAUCUUUGAAAACACUGGAUCUUAGUGGGAACAACAUUGCUCCUCCUCUACCAGAUUUUAGUAGCACUGUAAAUCUAAUCAUACUUGGUAAUCCUCUAUUGAAUGGUAACCAUUCUGCGGUAGCCCCUUCUGUGGAAAACAAUACAUCUCCACGGAGUUCAGAUUCUCCAACCAUCAGCCCAUUUAGUCCAGCUAAAGGUUCCAGUUCUUCGAGUUCUCGUAAUAAUUCCGUGGAAUCAAGUAAACCCAAAGGUUCUAAGAGGUCUGUCUUUGUGGCAAUUAUUGCUCCUGUUGUGAGUUUUGCUGUUGUUGCUUUUAUUGCUGUUCCUCUGUCUGUAUAUUGCUGUAUGAAGAGAAAAGAAAGUACAAUGGCUCCAAGCUCUCUAGUAAUUCACCCAAGAGACCCGUCUGAUUCUGAUAACACGGUUAAGAUUGUGGUUGCGAAUAACACCAAUGGAAGCACCUCCACAGUGCCAGCGAGUGGUUCUGCGAGCUUACAUAGUAGUGGUAUUGGUGAUUCGCAUAUCAUUGAAGCUGGAAAUCUGGUUAUAUCAGUUCAAGUUCUUCGAAAUGUCACGAAGAACUUUGCCCGGGAGAAUGAGCUUGGCCGUGGUGGUUUUGGUGUAGUUUAUAAGGGAGAAUUAGAUGAUGGGACACAAAUAGCAGUGAAAAGAAUGGAGGCUGGUGUUCUUAGCAGCAAGGCCUUGGAUGAAUUCCAGGCAGAAAUCGGAGUUCUUUCUAAAGUUCGUCACCGUCAUUUGGUGUCUCUCCUGGGUUAUUCCAUUGAAGGUAAUGAGAGGAUUCUAGUUUAUGAAUACAUGCCUCAGGGAGCUCUCAGUCGGCAUCUAUUCCAUUGGAAAAGCUUCAAAUUGGAGCCUCUUUCUUGGAAGAGGAGGCUCAAUAUUGCCCUGGAUGUUGCCAGAGGGAUGGAGUAUCUCCAUACUCUGGCUCACCAGACCUUCAUACACAGAGAUCUCAAAUCUUCAAAUAUCUUACUCGGUGAUGAUUUCAGAGCGAAAGUCUCAGAUUUUGGGUUGGUGAAACUUGCGCCUGAUGGAGAGAAAUCUGUUGUGACAAGGCUUGCUGGGACUUUUGGAUACUUGGCUCCAGAAUAUGCUGGUAAGCAUUCUGUAUUAGUCCUAUCAGAUUAGUUUCGUUAAAAUUUU